AUGAACGCCGUGAUCUCAACGACGUCGUCUUCGUCGUCUCCUACUCAAGGCUUGUUGUCGUCCACGGUGAAUGCAUCAAUGGUCCAUCAAUCCAAUGUAGUCGCUACGACUGCGGGAGGCGCGACGGUUAUAACUUCAAAUAGUCUCGGUCUCCAUGAUGACGCGCUUAGAUCGCCGCCGUCCACCCCCGAAUCCGAGCAAUUCGAUGACUCCGAUUUACUCACAAACGCCGCCGUCGCGAACGAUGAGGUCACUCAGCGUCUAAUGGUGGCGGGGACCGUAGGCCUAGCCGCCGCCGCAGCGAUCGCGACCGGCAAGAAAAGAAAACGACCGCAUUGCUUCGAAACUGACCCGUCAAUCAGACGGAGACAGCAAACUCGGCUGCUGCGAGAGCUCAAAGCGACGAUCGACGAGUACACGACAAGAAUAGGACAGCAAGCAGUCGUUAUGAUCGUGACGCCGGGCAAACCGAAUGACAACUUCAAGGUAUUUGGAGCUCAGCCUCUAGAAAAUGUGAUGCGGGACCUCCUGAAAAGCGCAGUGAUACAAGAACUAGAGAACGCUUUGGCGCAACACGCACCCGCGGUCGCUAGCGUCAACGGCACCGGAACGAUCGCGACGGGGAGUGUCACCACAAAUGGAAGCUCCGACGGGGUGCAUGACUUGCCACCGUUGGUCAUCGAUGGCAUCCCGACACCAGUGGAGAAGAUGACCCAAGCUCAACUGCGCUGUUUCAUCCCGCUGAUGCUGAAAUAUUCAACUGGGAGAGGCAAGCCCGGUUGGGGUAGAGAGAGUACGCGGCCUCCGUGGUGGCCCCAGGAUCUGCCCUGGGCCAACGUGAGAUCUGACGUGCGAUCUGAUGAAGACAAGCAACGGGUUUCGUGGACCCACGCAUUGCGACAAAUUGUCAUCAACUGCUACCGAUACCACGGACGGGAGGAUCUGCUGCCUGCAUUCGGCGAAACGACCGUAUCGCAGCAGCCGACAGUUGUGCACUCUGCGGCGGAAAUCGACGAUGACAACAAGGCAACCGUUAUCAGAGCCAUUCAGGCUUCUGCGUCGUCGACCACUGUGACGGCGGUCAAUAGGUCUCAGUCUCAACAGCAACAACAACAGCAGCAGCAACAAGGGCAGACUGCUCAAAUAGUCAGCACGGCUCAGGGUCAGACGCUAAUUCAAGUUAGCGCAGAAACUCUCGCAAACGCGCAAACGAUUUAUUCGAGUAACGGAAGCAUCUACGGAACGACAAUGGUGCAGGCGAUCAAUAAUCCAGACGGGACCGUUUCUAUUAUACAAGUCGAUCCCAAUACGGCCAUGCUCACUUUGCCGGACGGAACUCAAGCGCAGCUUCGAGCAGUGUCUUCGAUUCAACAAGGUUCCGGCCAAACGGACAGCCAAGUGUUGGCGACCGAUGCGGUGGAGACGCAAGCCGUCGAAAUGGCCGGGACGGAUGCAGUGGCCACCCUGGAGAAUGCUCUUUCUCAGGGCAGUCAAAUCAUCCUGACGGGCGAAGAUGGAACUCAAAGCGGCACAUUUUCUGUCAGUGGCAUGGUAGCCAUCCCUGUCUCUAUGUACCACCAUCAACCGAUGCAGGUCAUGCAAUCGGCCUCGAGCGCCAGCCCAGAAGAUGGAGACUCUCUUCAAGUAACGCAGGAGGGGGGUGGUGACAGCCGUGAGAUCGAGCUGGUUACCGGGAACGACUAGUCGCCUGACUAAUAAGAAUCCAAAGUUCUAUGAAUAUUUCGCUACAAGAGUAGUCGUUACGCGAAUUCAUCGGGGAACCCGGGU